AAAAAGUCCAACAAGCCCCACCAUCACUAACGUCACCACUACCACCGCGACCACGAUCUCCAGUCACCAAUAGCCGCCCCCCUCUCUCAAAAAGUAAACGCUCAAAAGAUAUUCAUAUUUUUUUUCAUCAUCAUACGAUCAAUAACACCUGUUCCACUUAUUACACUUCUCUUUCUUCCUUUAUAUUAUUAUAUUUUAUUUUUAUUAAUGAUUAUGGUUCCCCUUCCCCAUCAUAAUCUCGACGACUCAACAUCAGUCACUCACGCACGCACGCACGCACGCACUCUCUCUCUUGGUUUCUCUGUUUCUUUUUCUUUUUCUUGGGUCAAUGGAUUGUUCACUUCAAUCUCCAACCUCUCAUACCCCCUGAUCGGAUAACGAUGUACUUGACCUUGGCCACCCCUUUCUCCUCCACCUAAUGUCUUGUCUGGUUUUGGUUCCACGGAUCAUUAAUACGAUGAUGGUGGUAGAUUCUUCUGCUUCUGCUUCUCUGACUUCAACAACUGCAGGUCGAUUCUUCUUCCUUAUCAACCUUCUCGUGGUCCUUCAAUUCUUACUAUUACUAUCACUCUGUUCUUGUCAGACCCAGGUCGCCUGCAAUCAAGACGAUCGCAACUCUCUCUUGUCUUUCUAUCUGAACCUAUCAUCAUCAUCGACGGUACAACCUUUGAUCUGGUCUCCUUCCACUGACUGCUGUGGGUGGGACGGUGUUAGAUGUGAUGACGGCGAUGGUCGUGUUACCCAGCUCUGGUUACCUUCCAGAGGUCUUGUUGGGAUCUUUUCUUCAUCGCUUGUCAAUCUAACCAGUCUCUCUCGCCUCAAUCUAUCACAUAACACCCUCUCUGGUCCUCUCCCUACUGGGUUUUUCUCGUCCCUUCUCAGUCUCCAAAUCGUUGAUCUCAGCUAUAACAGUUUAUAUGGCCAGUUACCGUAUCCGUUUCAAUCGUUGAAUGGUAAUAACAGCAUCCAGAUACUGGAUUUAUCGAGCAAUAGCUUUCUUGGCCCCAUCCUGUCUGUUAGUAAUAACUCAUUCCUUCGUUUGACAAGUUUCAAUGUCAGCAACAAUACUUUACGUGGUCAGAUCCCUUCGGACAUCUGUGCCAGUGUACUGGAUUUCUCGAACAAUGAUUUCACUGGUAAUAUUCCCUUGAGACUAGGACAAUGCUCCAGCCUCAAGAUUCUCCGAGCGGGUUUCAAUAAUCUCUCCGGGACUAUUCCUGAUGGCUUAUACAGCAUCACCUCACUCCAACAGCUCUCCUUGCCUUUCAACAGUCUUUCCGGACGCAUCGAUGGCGUCAUCAGUCUAGUUAACCUCACAGUCCUUGAUCUCUACUCCAACAAAUUCGAUGGCUUAAUACCACAGGAUAUUGGCAAACUUGCUCGAUUGGAAAGUCUCCAGCUUUACAUCAACAACUUCUCUGGUUCUCUGCCUUCCUCUCUGAGUAAUUGCAUCCGUCUGAGAGUCUUGAAUUUGAGGGCCAACGAACUAGGGGGAAAUCUCUCGGAUUUUGAUUUCUCCAAACUCCUGCAGCUUACUUCCCUUGACCUCGGGGACAAUUUGAUCACAGGUAACUUGCCAUCCAGCCUUUAUUCAUGCAAGUCACUCACUGCUGUCAGAGUGGCCGGUAAUAAGUUGGCUGGAGAGAUCUUGCCAGACAUAGCUGCACUGCAGUUCCUGUCUUUCCUCUCCAUUUCUAACAACAGUAUAAGCAAUAUUACUGGAGCACUCAGGAACCUGAUGGGUUGCAAGAAUCUCACUGCUCUUAUUGUUUCCAAAAAUUUUCUGAAUGAAACUAUGCCAAAUGAUGAAAGCCUAAUGGAUGCAGAUGCAUUCCAAAAUCUCAAGGUUCUGGCCUUUGGUGGUUGUCAAUUAAUGGGCCAAGUGCCCACCUGGCUAGCUAAUCUGAAGAACCUCGAGGUAUUGGACCUGUCUGUUAACCAAAUCACAGGUUUCAUUCCUGGUUGGUUGGGUAAUCUAACCUACCUUUUUUACCUAGACUUGUCUGGAAACUUCAUUUCCGGAGAAUUUCCCAAGGAACUCACAAGACUGCCAGCGUUAACAUCAGGAGACGCUAAGCAGCAAGUGAAUCGCAGUUAUUUAGAGUUGCCUGUGUUUGUCAUGCCCAACAAUGCUACCAAUCAGCAGUACAAUCAGCUCUUGAGCUUACCACCAGCAUUUUACCUGAGAAACAACAACCUCAGUGGCAAUAUUCCAGCUGAAAUUGGCCAACUAAAGCAGCUUCAUGUGUUGGAUCUCAGUAACAAUAAUUUCUCUGGCAACAUUCCAGAUCAAAUAUCAAACCUCACCAACUUAGAGAAACUUGAUCUUUCUGGAAAUGAUCUAUCUGGUGUAAUCCCCGCCUCACUUAAGGGUCUCCAUUUCUUGUCCUCUUUCAGUGUGGCGAAAAACAGUCUCCAAGGACAAAUACCAUCAGGAGGCCAGUUUGACACUUUUUCUAGCUCCAGCUUUGAUGGGAAUCCAGAGUUGUGUGGUUCAGUAGUGCAGCGCGUUUGCUUUAAUCCAACUGCACCGCCCCAUUCUGUUGCACCUCCUAAGAGCCCAAAUACAAGACUUAUCAUUGGACUUGUCCUGGGGACCUGUUUUGGCGCUGGCCUAGUUAUCACAGUGCUUGCACUAUGGAUAUUGUCCAAGAGGAGGAUCAUUCCAAGAGGUGACCUUGACAAGAUUGAGUUGGAUAUGCUUUCCGGGAACUCUAACUUUGGGGUGUCUCCCGGACCUGACAAAGAUGCAAGCUUAAUCAUAUUGUUCUCAAACAAUUGCAACGAAAUUAAGGAUCUGACCAUAUCUGAACUCUUGAAAGCUACUGACAAUUUCAAUCAAGAAAACAUUAUAGGUUGUGGAGGUUUUGGUUUAGUUUAUAAAGCACUAUUAGCAAAUGGUACCAAGCUGGCUGUGAAGAAACUCUCUGGAGACUUGGGCCUAAUGGAAAGAGAAUUUAGAGCAGAGGUAGAGGCUCUGUCCACAGCCCAGCACGAGAACCUGGUUUCACUGCGAGGCUAUUGUGUGCAUGAGGGAUUUCGGCUACUGAUUUAUUCUUUCAUGGAGAAUGGGAGCUUGGAUUAUUGGUUGCAUGAGAAAGCUGAUGGUGCAUCUCAGUUAGAUUGGCCAACACGACUUAAGAUUGUAAGAGGAGCAAGUCAUGGGCUGGCAUACAUGCACCAGAUAUGUGAACCACACAUUGUCCAUCGUGACAUCAAGUCCAGCAAUAUCCUCCUUGAUGAAAAGUUUGAAGCACAUGUUGCAGAUUUUGGUUUGUCCCGAUUGAUUCUUCCUUACGAGACUCAUGUAACAACAGAGCUUGUCGGUACCCUGGGUUACAUUCCUCCCGAGUAUGGACAAGCAUGGGUGGCCACUUUAAGGGGAGAUAUGUACAGUUUUGGGGUUGUCAUGCUUGAACUGCUCACUAGUAAGAGACCUGUUGAGGUAUUCAAGCCAAAGUUGUCGAGAGAAUUGGUUUCAUGGGUGCAACAAAUGAGAAAUGAGGGCAAACAAGACCAGGUCUUUGACCAUUUGCUACGAGGAAAGGGAUUUGAUGAAGAGAUGCGGCAGGUUCUAGACAUGGCCUGCAUGUGUGUGAACCAGAACCCUUUCAAGAGGCCAACCAUCAAGGAAGUUGUUGAUUGGCUCAAGAAUAUAAAGACAACCAACAGGAAUUGAGAUAAAGGUUAGUGUAAUGAAGCUUCAUUACACAUGAUACCUACACAGAAUAUGAGUUACAACACAUCUUCACGUUUUUUCUUUCUUAACAAUGUAAAUGGAAAUUUUCAUAUUGUAUUGUUCUAAAGAUAUAUAGAAAAACUACGUGAUUCACUGGUUA